CUAACUGUCGUUUCACAUUUAGGUAAGUACCUUUAAACUUAGGUUAGGUGUCUUAUGAACAAAUACUAUGGCGAUGUUUACCUCCGAUUGCAGCUGAGGUUAUAGCUUAGUGCACACCCUGGGACCGGCUACCCGUUGCCUUGACGACACUAUUGACUAGUGAUAAAGUUUUUGAAGGGUAGAUGGAUGAGGUUGAUAGUGUAUAUACCUUAAAUCCGUCCGUCGCUUCAUACGGUGUACUUGUAGGAAUGGAUGGUUGCUACUGCAGUGUCACUAUCAUGACUGCUGAACAGUGUCCCGUUGCUGUUGAACGCCUUCUCCGUGCUCGAGUUAAUGUUACGAUAAAACGGCUCUGCACCGUUUUUGCGGGAGCAUCGCUGCACUUGGCCCUGGUAUGGAUGACGCAUGACUCUGACCUGUUCAAGGUAGAUUCCAAGGGCAAUGUAGCAUCCGGCUUGAUUGUUCGCAGGCUUGUCUAGUCGUUAAUUCGGUCGAUCAUAUCAAGCGCUGGGAAUGUGAGCGUCGCGUCUGACGUUGAAAUGCAUCAACUCCUUCCACA